UAAAAAAGUCAAAAAAGAAUAUUUUUAAGGGUAUUGGGGUUUUGGAUACGAUUUGAAGGGGAUGAGAUAUUGAGAGCGUGGUGUUUCAAUGGCGACUUACUCGAUACCAACUGCUCUGCUCAAGCUCUCUCCCAUGGCGGUACCUGCCACCAUCACUGUUUCAUCUCCGUCGUUUACUCUAACGGCAUCCGAACAGCGGAAAACAAUUGCCACGAAACUCUCGGCGACAGCCACGAGAACCCACUCUCCGACUUCUCCUUCAACGCUAUCGAGUUCCGGUACGAUGGCUGCGAGUUCAUCUCCAUCUAUGCCUCUCAAGAAGGUUCUGGUUCCUGUCGGAUUUGGAACUGAGGAAAUGGAAGCUGUUAUUAUAGUUGAUGUUUUGCGUCUAGCAGGGGCCGCCGUGACUGUGGCGUCGGUGGAACCAGAGCUUGAAAUCGAAGCUUCUGGGGGUAUGAAAUUGGUUGCUGAUACCUUAAUCAGUGCAUGUUCCAAUGAAGUUUUCGACCUUGUAGCUUUGCCUGGAGGGAUGCCUGGCUCUGUAAGAUUAAGAGAUUGUGAAAUACUGCGGAAAAUUACCAGCAGACAGGCUGAAGAAAAGAGACUGUAUGGAGCGAUAUGUGCUGCACCAGCAGUCACCCUUCUGCCUUGGGGACUUAUAAGAAGAAAACAGACAACAUGUCACCCUGCAUUCAAUGACAAGCUCCCACAAUUUUGGGCUGUUAAAUCAAAUAUUCAUGUGUCGGGAGAACUCACAACGAGCCGUGGCCCUGGAACUACUUUCGGAUUUUCUUUAGCUUUAGUUGAGCAGCUCUAUGGAGAAUCAGUUGCUAAGGAGCUUGGAGAAUCUCUGCUAAUGGAUUCUGAGAAUGAUUGCCCUCGAAAGGAAGAAUUCAACAAAGUUGACUGGUCUGUUGAUCAUACUCCUCGUGUUCUUAUCCCAAUUGCAAAUGGCUCUCAAGGGAUUGAAUUAGUAACCAUUGCUGAUAUUUUGCGACGGGCUAAGGUGGAUGUCGUGAUUGCUUCAGUUGAAAAGUCACGUCAGAUUUUAGCUUCGACGGGAACAAAAGUAGUUGCUGACAAGUUGAUUAAAGAAGCUGCAGAAUCAAUAUAUGAUCUAAUUAUUCUUCCGGGGGGAGCUGCAGCAGAUGAGCGGUUUAGCAAAUCCCGGAUCCUUAAGAGAAUGCUCAAAGAACAAGACUCCGCCAAAAGGAUAUACGGUGCAGUCUGCUCUUCACCUGCAGUCCUGUUUAAACAGGGUCUACUGAAGGACAAAAGAGCAAUUGCUCAUCCAUCUCUGGAAACCGAGUCGACCCAUGAAGUAAAUGCUGCAAAAGUAAUUAUUGAUGGUAAACUGAUAACGAGCAAGGGUUUUUACAAUGUAAUAGAUUUUGCAUUGGCUAUUGUAAGCAAGCUUUUUGGCCAUGCGAGAGCGAGAAGUGUAGCAGAAGGUCUGGUUUUUGAAUAUCCUAGAGCUGGAUGAUGUACCUGUCCUAAGUCCUUAUAAUGGCAAGCGAUCUUCCGACCUUCGAGUAACGGAUAGUGUUCAUACAGUCAACACUACCUUCACCUCCACUCUUGCUAUUGAAUCAAGGAAACUAUCCAAGAGAGGAUCAUAUUCAACCGUCUUAUUGCCUCGAGACUGCCUUUGAAAAAUAGUCAGUGAUCACUGUAAUUGUGAGCUGCGAGCAUCGUGCAGGUUGAUAACGUGUUGGCUGGGAGAAGGUAUAAACGUCAAAAUAUGACUACGUUAACCGAGUCUUUUGUGUAAAUCUGUAUAUCUACAACUGCAGGUAAUUCGGUUUGGAGCUGAUUCACACAGCUGCUUUGUCUGAGAAGAUGGGACAUAUUCGCUCUAAGUGAAUUGUGACAAAGUUUCAUUAUGAAAGCAUGAACACAAAAUUUCUCUCA